UUGGAACCCGCGCCAUGUGCUCUGGAGGCUGUGGCAGGGCAGCGACGGUUUGGAACCCGUGCCAUGUGCUCUGGGGGCUGUGGCAGGGCAGGGGGAGUCCUCGUGUCCCCUGUGCACAACACAGACAAAAGGCUGGGUCCAUCCAGUGGGCGGUCGGGUGCCAGGGCGGUACUUACCCCGCCAUGUUUGCAGCCAGAGGCCAGCUGGCUGCAGGUGCAGGGCUGUGCGUCAGGGGUCAGGGUGCACACACCCCUGCAGGUCUCGGGGCUCCUGGAUUGCUUCUGGAAGGGCCCGGAUGGGGCCUGACUGGAGCUGCCGAGGGGUGGAGCUUCUGGGAAAGGGAUGCCUCCUUGGGGGAGUGUCUUGGGCCUGGGGCCACUUGGCAGAGACAGAGACGGGUCCAUGGCAGUAUCUGCUCUUCUCUGUGAAGGCAAAGGGCCUCUGACGGAGUAUUACAGCCGCCUCAUCCACCAGAAGCAUUUCCAGCACAUCCAGGUCUGCAUCCCCUGGCUGGAGGCCGAGGACUACCCCCUGCUUCUAGGGUCGGUGGACCUGGGUGUCUGUCUGCACACGUCCUCCAGUGGCCUGGACCUGCCCAUGAAGGUGGUGGACAUGUUCGGGUGCUGUUUGCCUGCGUGUGCCGUGAACUUCAAGUGUUUACAUGAGCUGGUGAAACAUGAAGAAAAUGGCCUGGUCUUUGAGGACUCAGAGGAACUGGCAGCUCAGCUGCAGAUGCUUUUCUCAAACUUUCCUGAUCCUGCGGGCAAGCUAAACCAGUUCCGGAAGAACCUGCGGGAAUCGCAGCAGCUCCGAUGGGAUGAGAGCUGGGGGCAGACUGUGCUCCCUUUGUUUAUGGACACAUAACUCCUGGGCCAGAGGCUAAAUCCCCGGGACCCCUGCUGCUGUCCUUCCCGCAGCUUCUUCUCGGAGUCUCAGGGCAAACCCUUUCGAGCAGCGCCUCCCAGUGGCCAGAAGGUGAAAUGACGGCAGUUGUGUCGCCUGGUGAAUGAAUUGGUUCUGUGACCGGGGAAGCUGUGGUUGCCUCUGAUUUCUUUUCUGGAGGCUCGGAAACACUUCCUGUCUUCUUCUGUUCUUCACCCCCCAUGCCCCUGCUAGCGUAUUACUGUUCUGUGACUUCCCUGUGACCUCUGCAGUACUCCUCAUCCUGCGUUUGGUCUCCAGGUGUCACCUUUCUGCCGUGUUCCUAACAUUUUGAUUCCUGUCUUGAAAAAAGCACCUGCUGCACCAUAAGCCCAGGGAUGUGGCAGCUACAGCAGGCUUGGCUUUGUGAAGAACCGAGUGUGUCCAGGGAUGUGGCAGCUGCAGCGGGCUUGGCUUUGUGAGGAACCGAGUGUGUCCACGUUGGGGGAACAUCAUACUUGAUACACACGUUUUUAUUUGCACAAAGAAAAUGUUAUUUUUGGAGCCAGAGUUUUCAUGUCUGUUUGAUGGCGAUUUUCUUAAGAACCAGAACUGCUGGCAGAAAGGGAGCACCCACAUGUUUAGAUAGCCGAUGUCUUAUUAGAGGGCAGAUUGUGGUUCCUGAUUUGGAAAUUAACAUUCUCCAAACAUUCCAGUCCAAUGAAAGUUAUAUCCGCUUUCCCAUAUAA